CUACAGUAUGAAUGAAGAUAUCUUUGUUGGAUGAUUUAGCAAUCAGUAUCUGAAUCUGUAUUUGACUUUGUUGACAGGAGUAGCAACCAUGGUCUACUUACUAGUGAAGUUGACCGCAGGAGCCCCUCACCAUGGUACAGUCAAUGCCUAAAUGAUGUCGGUUCUUUUAGGCACCAGUCUUUCGGAGCGAAGCCAUGUUCAUCUGGCAGGUCUUGCUAAGAGUCGUGGACACUCGGGUCCGAAUCCUGACGAUUUUAGGCCACCGUUCGGUCGCGAAAAAGGUGGGAACAUAGAGAACCUGGAGCUGCCAUCCAGGCCUUCCGGUGAUGUCCACGGAAGUCGUGAGCCAGCCACAUCAAGUCUUGAAGAUGAAGCUUCGUUGAAGCGAGUUUCUGCGGCCGGGGCUAAAGCGUACCUCAGCGAAGCGUAUUGGGACUGCUCAUCAGCAAAGGCACGAGCGGACGCAAAAAACGCGAGCACUCAAAGGGAAUCGAUGGAACCUGCUGCACACGGCUCUUCACGUGGCUGGAAUUGGGAUUCAAACAAUGCAGCUGCUGCGCCUGCUACCUCCGCGUUAUCUUCAAGUACACGACAUGCUGGCAAAAAGAAGUUGCGCCCGUUCUCGCUUGUCGAUAUCGACGGGUUUACAGAGCUGGUCGUGGAGGUCCCUGAAACGGGCAUCAUCCAGGACGUGCUAGAAGGUGCUGCGAGUGUCAUAUUGGGGAGAAUGGGACGACAAGAAAUGGCACCACAGGCAGCGCCGACGCGGUCCCGUCUGCAACGUCUGGCAGGGAUGCUCGAUCUCGUUUCCGACGUCGAAGCCCCACCUGGAAGAAUGCAGGACCGUGUUGUGUUUUCGCGAAACUUGAGUGUGAAGGCUUGCCACUUCAAGGGACGUUUGCGCGUGCAUUUCCGUCGGGUGAUGGCGCAAGAAGAUCCUCCGCAUGUCGACGGCGAGGAUACGGACUUAGAGGACAUUUUUGACGACUCGAUACAACUUUCGGAUCCGGUCCGCUUUUUGUUCCACGCGAGGACCUACGACACUAUCUAUUUUGCCUUGGCGGCACGUGCGCUUGAGGAUCGUGAUUUUACACUGCGCGAGCCUAACAAUUCCGACACGGUCGUUUCGUGCAACUCUGGAUAUAACAGGAACUACAGCUCUUUCUCGCUGCUCAUCGAGCUGGCGCGGAAGGCGCACCGGCGGCAGCAUGCGGUACUGUCGGUGCUACGGGAAGCGGUGAACCGAAGUUAUCACUCGUUGCAGGGACCGGCGCUGUUGCUGGCGACUUUGUCACACCUUUGCCACCGUGACACAAAGCACGGAGAGACUAUUCUACACGCUUUGCUUAGACCACACGCCGUGCAUAGUGAAAAUGAAGCAGAUCCGCCGCCACACGAUCCAGGAGGUAUUGACGAAACAAACAAUGGCGCAACCGGUAAUGCUCAUUAUGCUCGUGAAGAUACCGCUUGCGUAGUAGAGGCGCUAGAACUUCUGGAAAGCGCCGUGCAGACGCUGACUGAGAGACUUUUUCUCGACAACAGCGAGCGCGAUGAAGCACAAGGUUUUCGGGAAAAAGUUGCGAAGCAUGUUUGUUUUCUUCUGUUGGCCAUCGUACCGUCCCCGGCAACUUCAAGAGCCGCUAAUGAGCAGGGUCGCACUGUCGGCAUAGAGGAGAUGAAGAGGGGGAGCGAAGAUUUAAUGACAGGGUUAGAAGAACGCUUGGUUGAGGAAGAACUUAGCUUGAUGGUUGCAACAGGCGUUGCGACCGGGCAGGUGCGAGGCGCACGUGGCAAUGAUACAGAUGAAGACCACGACACCAGCAGCGUUGAAAGCAGGAGACAUGUGGUCACACGCAACACGGCAGGGUCUCUUCUGAUGCUAUUUUUGAUCGCUGCGCGGGAUCGUUAUCAAGUAACGUGUCUGCAUGUAGCCGCACGACAACACAGCGCGUUCUUCCGAGCGGUGUGGAAAACUCUAGGCGAGAACUCAAAAUGCCUCAGCCGCGACAGGGCGCUCCAACGCCAAGUACCGCAAC